ACACUAGACAGUAUAAAGAGUUAAAUCCGUGCGACAAAGUGCACAGAUCUUUCAGCUAAACUACAAAGCCUUCAACCCUCUCGUAAAAUGGCACUUAAGUUGGUCAUCUUGCUGCUUGCUCUGGUGGCGGCGUGCUGCGCCGCCUACCUGCCGCCGCAGCCUUGGCGUGGAGCGGACCCGUACGCGGCCUCUGCCGCCGCCGCAUCCGCCGCCGCCGCCGCCGAUCAUCACGGCAGCGCAGCAGCUGCGGCGGCUGCAGCUGCAGCGGCCGGCGGAUCGUCCGGCCAGCUCCCCCACUUCCCUCACUACCCUCACUACCCUCACUACCCUCACUAUCCUCACUUCCCCCACUACCCUCACUGCCAUUGCUAGCGGCGCACAAAUGAUUCCAUUUGGAAAGCCAUGGCCAAGAUAUUGUUCGUAACUUUGUACAACACAUGGCUAUGCCUAUUUUCACAUACAUUAAAAUAAUUAUUUCGAGAUAAUACUAAGUAUUUCUUACGAAAAUUGACGAAUAAGUUUUAAUAUAUUUUUUUAAUUGAUGUUUCAUUCAAACAUAUUUUUUUUAACCAUGGAAAAAAUUAAUUGAAUAUUCAACGGUUCGACUUUUUUUUUGUUUUAUUUUGCUUGUAAAUGUGAACAGUUAAUAUUGGAAAGCUGUUCAGGUAACUGUUUACAAAAUAACUUGCCCUGUUUGAGGUACUGAGACAACAUAACCCAGUAUUACUACGAACACUACGAUGAAUUUUUUUUUUUUUUUACGUGAAUGUACAAAUUUACAAAUAUCUUUUAAUUUUUUUCCAUGAAUAUUUCUCUUCCAUUAAAAAAUAAAUCUUUAUAUAUAUAUUUCUUGUGUGCGUGUGUAUGUCACUGAACUCCUCCUAGACGGCUGGACCGAUUUUGAUGAAAUUUUUUGUGUGAGUUCACGGGGAUUCGAGGAUGGUUUAGAUUCACAAUUGGAUAUUUUAUCUCGAUUCUGAGUUAAGAAAAAACUAAAAAAACACGCUUUAAAAGCAAAAAAACUAAGCAUUGUUAAUAAUUAGCCUCCAUGGCAGCGGGCUUUUGCAUUGUUGUUGCCUUCUGCGUAAACAUGGGAAAGGUUUUUGGCGUGCCCAAGAGGAGGGGUAUGUAUAAUGAGAAGAUACAAAAUGUCCAGCGUAGAAAUACUUACCGCCAUAUGUACAUUUGGGCAGGACAAUGUAUAUCGGGUCCGCUAGAAAGAUAUAUAGAGAUAUAUAUGUAGAAAGAUAUAUAGGGAUAGAGAUAUAAAUAGAAAGAUAGAGAGAGUUAUAGAGAUAUACAUAGAGAGAUAGAGAAUUAGAGAGAUAAAGAGAGAUGCUUAGUAUACGUUUAAAAAAUUGAUUGAGGCAUUGCAACGCAUGCCGGGCAUUAUCUAGUAUAUAUAUAUAUAUAUAUUUACAGUACGUAUCUUCAAAACGGUCGCCUCAAGCUGGAAUUACAAUAGUUCAUCGUCGCCGUCCGUCUAUCUGCAGCCAAUCGGAUGGCAAGAAAAUUUAUAUUCGUCGGUCCGAAGCUUUGCAAGCUCUAACUUUCUACGUAACGGGCGUAUGGAUUGCAUUUAUGGUCUGGUUCACCAGUCAGAUGUCACCCAAACGCACAGGCCUGUGGAGUUUGUGUGUGUUUGUUCAGAUGUUUUGCGUAACAACAUCGCGUUUGUUAAAACUCGCAUCCAAACAAUUCAUUCACGAUUCUGGAUUUUUUCCGCGGAUAUGCUAAUGUAAUACGAACAGAAACACGACAUGGAUAGCAAACAUCGUCGAUAUCAAUUUGUGAGAGAAAAACAUGGAUUGUUGGCAGCACUGCUUUUGGGAAAAUGUUCUGGUGGAUGAAGAGUUGUAAAUCGCUUGGCUAUAUGCGUGGCUUUGUCGUACAAAUGAAUGUCGGCCGGAGGCAACGGGCUAUUGCAAUUUUGGCUUCAGUUGCAGAUCCUGAAUACAAUCCUGCAAUGUCUUCCAGUAUUCUAUAAUAAAGGUGAUAUCGCCGUCAAUAAAAA